AUGGAAGUUUCACCAGACGCGGCGAGUAUAUCUGAAGCAAGAAACCGAUUUAUGAGGAAGACUGUGAGGAAGCCUCACCUUGAUCGUGCAAACUCAGCGAACAGCGCGAAACGAGCUCUGAUUGGUCCAUUGGCUGCAAAAGCCCGCGCGGUCGGUGAUGCCACCUUGGACCUUGCACUCAUGAAAUCCAUCCCAUUAUUUCUUGCUGCGCUCUCAGCCUUGGCUCAGGCAUCACAAAUUCAGUUGCACCACCGAGUACUGCACCCAGAAGCAACGGAAGCCGCCUGGACUGAGCAUGGAUCGCUGACAUACACCGACGGCCAUCCCCAACUCCAAUCGCAGCAGGCCUCUACAUUCUCCAAACUCUUGGAGCCGGUCAAAGACCUGGACAACGCUCUAUACCAAGUAGCUCUGCAGCGUGAUGGAUCCCAGGUAGAGUCCGAAUGGGCUGUAUCGUCUGUCAAGUUGUGUCAUCUCGCAGCUGCGACAUCCCAAAUUCUACACCUCCAUGUUUCCAGUGACGGCAAACCUUACGCGCUCGACUAUUUCGUCUCACCUAUACCCCACGACGGCGCUUGCCCAACCCCGUUACCCAUUCCGUCAUCGUUCGCGACCGUGUCUAGACUGAACACCACCAUUCUGCUUGGAAGGCCCUCUUCACCUCCAUCACCUGAGCUGAGAACACCACCGCCGCUAACGCCAGAGGGCCAGGUCGUACAGCCAGUCCCUGAGAAGACUUUCAUGCAAAAGUACUGGCUCUACAUCACUCUGGGUCUCAUAGCCCUAGUUCUCGUUGGACCGGAGGAACCACCUGCUGAAGGGCAAGCACCUGCGUCUCGCUAA